UAUAUAUGCAUCAACGCCCCCAUUCUCCCAGCCUACUUCUUCUGUAAAACCCUAAUUUAGGGUUUUUGUUGCAGCCUCCUCUCAACAACCCUAAUUUCAUCACUCCUGUUUGAUUCUUCAACAUGCCUAAAUCAGCCAAGAAGUCCGCCUCCAAGGCUGUUUCAACUCCUGCAGCUGCUGCAGAACAGCCGAACAAAAACGGUAAAAGAGAUGCAGAGGAGAUUGUUGAGAAGAAAGCGGUCAACGGUAAGAAGCAGAAGAUAGUCAACGGUGGUGUUAUUGAGAAAAAGACCAAAGCUCAAAAGAAGAAAAACAAGAAGAAACAGGAAGAAGAAGUAGUAGAAGAAGAAGAAGAAGUGAAGGAGGAACCAAAGAAUGAUGAUGUUGCAGCUGAAAAUGAAGCUGAUUCAGACAGUGAGGACAGUGACUAUUCCGAAGAAAAGGGUGCUGCAGAAGAGGGGAGCGGUGAUGAUGACGAGGACUCCGAGGGCUCCGAGGGCUCAGACGAAGAAGAUGAUGGUUCCGAAGAGGAUGAGGAACCUAAAACCACAAAGAAAACCAAUGAUACUCCGUCAGCAACAAAAGCGCCUCAAGCUCCAGCAACAGGAUCCAAAACUUUGUUUGUGGGCAAUCUAAGUUUCUCGGUUGAAGAAAAGGAUUUAGUUGAAUUCUUCAAAGACGCCGGUGAAGUUUUUGAGGUCCGUCUUGCUGUUAGAGAUGGUCGAUUUGCAGGUUAUGGACAUGUUGAAUUUACCACCCCUGAAGCAGCUCAAAAGGCCCUUGAGCUCAAUAAUGAAUUAUUACUCGAACGUGCUGUGAGGCUUGAUUUAGCAAAGGAAAAGGGUGCUUACACUCCUGGCAAUGAUAGGUCGUCUCAAAAGAGUGGACAAUCUCAAGUACGAACUGUAUUUGUAAGGGGAUUUGGUACCGACGACGGCUUUGAAGAUGUUAGGAGUAGCCUUGAGGAGCACUUUGGGAAAUGUGGAGAGAUUUCAAGGAUGUCUCUUCCUAAAGAUUUUGAAUCUGGUGGUCCUAAAGGGGUUGCUUUCAUAGAUUUUACUGACGAUAAGGCCUUCAGUAAAGCUCUUGACCUUAGUGGAUCUCAGGUUAGUGGCGGCACUAUAACAGUAGAGGAAGCUAGGCAAAAAGGCGGUGAUGGAGGGUCUGGACGCGGUAGGGGUGGCGGAAGAGGUUUUGGUGGUGGUAGGGGCGGCGGAAGAGGUGAUAGGUUUGGCGGUGGUAGGGGUGGCGGAAGAGGCCGUGGCGGUGGCCGUGGCCGUGGCAGAGGCCGUCGUUAAUUUGGCAUUCUAAGCAUGACAACAUAUGAUACAUGGAAGAUUUCGCUUUCAGUGACAAUUGAGAAUGGAAGUGUAUGUAGCAGCAGACUUCUUGUAUUGUUUUUGUUUGGUUUAAUCUAUGAUUUUGUUUUAUAGUUUUUGAUGAGAUGAGAUUGGAAACUAGCUUCACAUAUUAUGUAAUAUCUUGUCAGGUUUUAUGUUUUAUUUUAGUAACCUAAAUGAAAGCCAAUUUUGUUCCA